AUGCAGAUUUUUGUAAAGACUCUCACUGGCAAGACCAUUACUUUGGAAGUCGAGUCAUCCGACACCAUUGACAAUGUCAAGGCCAAAAUUCAAGACAAGGAAGGUAUUCCCCCAGACCAGCAACGAUUGAUUUUUGCUGGAAAGCAACUUGAGGACGGUCGUACCCUGUCAGACUACAACAUCCAAAAGGAAUCAACCCUCCAUCUAGUCCUCCGCUUACGUGGUGGUGGUAAAAAGCGAAAGAAAAAGACCUACACCACUCCCAAAAAGAUCAAACACAAGCGCAAAAAGACUAAAUUGGCAAUCUUGAAAUACUACAAGGUUGAAGAUGGAAGCUUGAAGGUUACCCGCCUUCGUCGUGAAUGUCCUCAAGACACUUGUGGUGCCGGUGUCUUUAUGGCGUUCCACAAGAACCGUCAAUACUGUGGUCGUUGUGGUUUGACUUAUACUUUCACCAAAGAUCAAGUUGCAAAGUAA